AUGAGUAUUCCAUCACAAUCUCAAUCAUCACCAAUUAUUCAUUUUACUAGUAUUGUUCGCCAUGACUCAAGUACAUCGAAUCGACUCAUUGUUUCUCCUUCUACAUCUAUUGAUUAUGAUAGUCAACAACAAUAUUCAGCAUUAGUCAGUCGACCUCAAUCAACACCAAAAUCAUGUUUACUACUUCAACGAUUAUCUUCAUACGUUUUUGACAAUCAACAAACAAACGAAAACGUACAGACAAUUGCAAAGAAUAACAAAAAGCAGCGUAUGGCAACAUUUGAUUAUUCAUCAUUUACAAACGUAACAGCUCUAAAUGAAAUUCAUAAUAAUUUAAAAUCUCCAGUUCUUUUUGAAAUACAUAAUGAUGGCGAUGAUGAAGACGAUAAUGACGACAAUAACAACAUUAAUAAAAACUAUAAUCACUACCAUGACCGAUAUCUACUUCGACCACCACCUCUUAUGGUACUUUCUCAAACUGUCCAAGCUAAACAUCCUGAGCAAUUAAUUGAUACUAAAUUAGACUAUCAAUUUUCAUCUAUUAAAGAUUUACCUAAUGCACCAGCAAAUCAUUCAUUUGUCUUUUACGGUUUUACAUCAACACAAAUAGAAGAAGCUAAACGAUUAAGUCGUCGUAUGGGAGAUUGUUUUACAUCUGAAGCAAUCGAUCUAACAACAACACAUGUUAUUGUACCGAAUGAUGAUCCACAUAUAACCAUCACACUUGAUUUCAUUCUUGCACUUAUUUAUGGAUGUCGUAUCGUAACACUUGAGUGGCUGAAAUCUUCAUCACGUAUUGGCGAGUGGCUACAUUUCAAUAAAUUUGAGCCUAAGAGUUUAUUGAAUUCGAAUCCAUCAUUAAAUAUUUAUCGUAAGUAUCGUCAACAGAAAAAGUCAAUCGAAUUAUUCAAUCAAUGUGGUUUAAUUUAUAUAACAUCUAUUGUUCAACAACGUCAGUUAUUAUUGAAAUUAAUUACAUUAUUAGGUGGAAAUAUUACAAUUAAUCGAAAUCGUGCACAAAUGAUUGUUGGGCAAUCAUCAAAAAUACUUCAGAUAAUUGUUCACCCUCAAGUUAAUGAACAAUGGGUCAUAGAUUCAAUUAAAAUGGGAAAAUGUCUUCCUACAGAUGAUUACUUAAUUGAUAAUGAUAAUAAUUGCUGA